UGUCAGCAUGCAAACAAUUUUGCUCUGUUGUUUUUUUUUAGUUUUUCGUCUCUUUUAUGCAUCUAUACCAACGAGGUCAGUAAAAAAGAAAAUCCUGAUAGUCGCCUCAUCGCCGUCUUCGCCAUCGCCAUCGCCAUCGCCGUCUUCACCAUCGCCAUCCCCUUCUUCACCAUCUUCGCCAUCGCCAUCGCCGUCUUCGCCAUCGUCUUUGCCAUCGCCGUCUUCACCAUCGCCGUCUUCGCCAUCCCAUCGCCAUCCCAUCGCCGCCAUCGCGGUCUUUGCCUUUGCCUUCACCAUAAACUCAUCGCCAUCGGCAUCGCAUCGCCAUCGCCGUCUUCGCCAUCGCCAUCGCGGUCUUUGCCUUUGCCUUCCCCAUAAUCUCAUCGCCGUCUUCGCCUUUACCUUCGUCAUCAUCUCGUCGCCGUCUUCGCCUUUACCUUCGUCAUCAUCACAUCGCCUUCUUCGCCUUAGCCUUCGCCAUCAUAUCAUCGCCAUCUGCAUCAUUCGCCUUGGUAUUGUUUUGUUUUGUUUUGCAUGUUAGUGUAUAAGUUAACCCGUUGGCUGCCACGCCGUUUGGUCCCAUUUUUUUUUGUAGAUGUAGGGACUUGGGCGCUGUUCUCCUCAUGGCCAUGGGGGGAACAGUCGCCAUUGCGCCUAAUGGCUUUAUGCCAUUAGGCGCUAGGCAAUGCACCAUUAGGGACUUCUCUUUGUCGGCACGGUGAGAGAUAUCCUGGGGUGUGCAUUCCCAGAAUGGACUCUUUCACCGUGCCAGCCCGGGCUUGUCUUCGGACAAGCCCCACCUUGGUCGGGGAUCCUUCCGACUCGACGUGUAGCGAAUGUAGUUUAAGCAACCUACGGGUUGCAUGGCGUGGCAGCCAUCGGGUUAAUUUAGUUAAGUGUUUGUAUGUAUUUAUGUAUGUAUUUGUAUGUAUAUAUAUGUGAUGUAAAAUAGUG